AUGAUGACAAACCUAUCGCGCUUCACCUGCAGUUUCUCCGACCAUCCGUGGGCCGACGAUGCGCCGGUCUUCCCGUCGCAAGCUCAAGUGCUUGCCUACUUGAAGUCGUACGCCCAGCGGUUCCUCAUUCCGCCGGGAUCAAACUCAUUGGCAGCCUCAAGCUCGCUGCGCCUUAACGCGCGUGUCUCCCGCGUCGCGUUGCUGGACGACGGAAAGUGGAGUGUCCACGUGGAUCAAGACGGCCGGCAGCAAAACCCAGAGGUGUUCGAUUCCCUGGUAGUCGCCUCGGGGUUCUUCGAGAAGGCACGCAUUCCCAACAUGCCAGGGGCUGAUGCAGCGGCAGCAGCAGGAGUCCUUAUCCACAGCGCCGACUGCAGGACCAGCGAUGCCUUCGCGGGGAAGAAGGUCGUCGUCGUCGGUGCAUCCUUCAGCGGCGUCGAUAUCGCCGCUGACGUGGCAUCAAAAGCUUCUGAGGUCAUCCACGUCAUCGCCAAGCCCUUCUGGCUGCUGCCACGCUUCCUUCCAGCCGACCCGUCAGACCUGGCCUCGCCCUUCCUGCCGCUCGACUUGUGCUUCUAUCGAAGGACCUCGCGAGCGUCGCCGUCUCUCGUCGCGUUGCGCAGUGAAGAGGCGCGGCGUGCUGCCAACAAGUACAUGCGCGCUCUGUGCGGUGAUCAGGGUAGACUCCUGUGCCCUGAGCUGGCCGUGAGCAGCAGCGACAGCGAGCACCCGUUCAUGGCCAUCUCAGACAGGUACGGGCCGAUGGUGCAGCAGGGGCUCAUCCGCGUGCUGCACGGCAGAGUGGAGGGCGUGCUGCUGCAGCCGCAUUCGCACAGCACAGCUGCACAGGCCUCUGUGACUCUCCAGGGCACGGAUGAGCCCAUUGACAGUGUGGAUGCAGUCAUCUUCUGCACUGGUUACAGCCCCGCUCUGCCCUUCCUCCCAAAUGACCUUAAAGAGCAGAUUGGCUUCGACUCGUCGGACCUCUUCUCGCCGCUGCUGCUGCACCGCUGCACCUUCCACCCGUCGCUCCCCAACGCUGCCAUGGUGGGCAUGUACCGCGGGCCCUACUUUGCCGCCAUGGAGCUCCAGGCUCGCUGGGCCGCAGCCGUGCUGUCCGGCGCCCUCCCGCCCGUUCCAAACAGCACCCUUCAAGAGGGCAUUGAGGAGGCGAGGAAGGUGAGGGAGCAGCAGCCACGGCCGCAGUUCCCUGUGUGGGACUAUGUGGGAAUGUGCAACUCGCUCUCUGAGGCGCUCGGGUGUGCGCUGCCCACGGACCCCGAGUGGAUGAGAGUGAACGACAUGGUCGUACCGGCGCACUACUGCACCACCACCACCACUGCACCGUCUGUUGCUGCCGCUGAGGUUGCCAUGGCGCAAUUGACGCGUGCUUGUAGCGAGCUGGAGGGCGGGAGCGCAGUGGCAGGGGCGGUGUUCCGGGGGUUGGCGGGGAAAUGGCGGUUGGAGCGCGAGAUCCGGAGUGUGCAUGAGGGCCUGCCGUCGGGCAGCAUGCAAGGGACAGCCACGUUCAGUCUACGCGCGGGGGAAGGAGAGUACCUGUACCGUGAAGAGGGGGAGUUUGUGAUGGCAGGCAGCGGAGGGGGCAAGGGGAACAAGGUGUGGCGCGAGUAUGUGUGGGUGCGCGAGUAUGUGUGGGUCUGCGAGGGGCCCGAGGAUGGAAUCGCCGUCCACUUUGCCGACAAGUCGCAGCGCACAUACCUCUUCCACCACUUGAGGUUCUUUCCGGACCCUUCUGGGUCAGGUUCUGCUUCUCACAGAAAUGAAGACCUUGAGAGUGCUGAUUUCGUGGAGAAGGCGCUGCCCCGGGCGUGGCGUGCGGUGGGGGAGCACCUGUGUGUGAAGGACUUGUACAAAGUGGCGUACCGGUUUGCCUUCCAAGGUGUUCACCUGGAGAGGUUCAGCAUCGAGUACCUUGUGCGCGGGCCCCACAAGGACUACAAAUCCUCUGCUUUGUUUACUCGGCCUACCUAA